AUGCCACUGUACGGCCGCGGCGCAAUAAUGUGGGCGGAAACUUUCAUUACCUACGGCUUCUCUCCCAACCUCCAAUCGAAAUUUGUCUUUCCUGCCUUCUCGACAAUUCUUUUCCGGGUGGACGCGGGGGCAAUUUUGGCGGUGGCGGCGAUCGCGAUCGUGGACGAGGGGCCCACGGCGGCUUCGCUCCUCGCCGUGGAGCAUUCGAAGGGCUCGGUUAUUCCUGAGCCUGACAUCGACGUGACCAACCUCGAGAACACCGUGGUCCAGCGCUACCAGUCCAAAGACCAGGCUCUAGUUAAGAAGAUGGGUAGCAUGAAGCUCACCAACUCGACCGUCUCCCUCAUGUCCUGUCGACCGGCCUUCGGCGCCAAGGGAAAGCAGAUCGUUGUCUGGACCAACUACUUCCGCCUGCUCAUCAAGCCCGUGGUCCUUUACCGGUAUAACCUCGAGGUCCGCAAAGGUGAGGUUGCAGACGCUCCGGCAGACGACCCCAAGGGCAAACGAAAGGGCAAGGCGCAGGCCGGAGGCGGAGGCGCUGGCGGCAGCAAUGGGCCCCUCACCAGUGUCCCGAAGCGCAAGCUCAAGAUCUUCAAGUCGCAGUUCGUCUCGCUCGACAAGCUGCAGCUCGUAAAGAGCCCCAUCGUCGUCAAGCUCAAGAACGAAAGCGCCAUGCGCGAGGAGCUCUACAACGUCAGGAUCGUCGGUGAGACCGAGGCCCCGUUGGCUGUCAUGGCCCAGUGCCUCCGAGACAUGGUCGACCCCAGCAAUCCCGACGACGCGCAUUUCUCCCGCUUCGAGACCGAUGUCCUUGUCAGCGACCUUUGCAGGUGGUCUGGCGUCGAUAAGUUCGGCACCGACAAUAUCAACGCGCAGGACAUCGUUCAUAUGAGAUUGCGUGGCUUAUCCAAGUUCCUCGCCAAGACCCGCGUGACUAUCCGAUUUCGCACCGCCGACGACAAGGACGUCACUGCCAAGAAAGCCAUCCACGGGCUUGCGUGCAGUCGAGACGUUGACCGCACCGUCAUCUUCUCCCACAGCUUCGUCUACGGCGGCCCGCAGGAGGUCCGUUUCCAGCUGAAUCCCGCAGAGGGCCAAACCAAGGUCCUUGGUAACAAGCCGCCUGGUCUCUACUCCGCCGCAGAAUACUGGCGAUGGAUGUACGAACAGGCUCCGGGCAAGACCCUGCCCCUGGUCAACCUCGGCACGCCUUCCAAGCCCAUGUUCUUCCCAGCCGAGCGGUGCACCAUCACCGCCGGCCAGGCUGUCCGUUCCAAGCUUUCCGGAGACGGGACCACGGCGAUGCUCGACUUUGCCUGCCUCUCUCCCUUUGCCAACGCCGUCUCCAUCGAGCGCGACAGCGCAGCGGCUCUGGGCCUUGACGAGCCGAUACUGAAGGACUUCGGCAUCACGGUGGACAAGAGGCUGUUGACCGUCGUCGCCCGCAAACUUGCAGCACCCGUCGUAACAUCAACCUCGUAUCCGGCACUAGAUAUGGAAAUAUAUCUCCUGCCAGCCGAACAGCAGCUAUGGAAACACAACAUCGGCACCAUCAGCAGAGUCGCAGUCAGCGAACAGCACGAGCACGAGCACGAGCACAUAUCGCCUUUUAUCACUCCCCAUGGUGAAGAAGACGGCGCGUUCUCAUUGCGGAAUCCGCAGAGCAUGCUGAAGAGGAACACCGACGAUGUCUGGAAAUGA